CUCUACAUACCUCCGUACUCCGCCAAAGUAUACUUCCCAAAACGGAAUUAGGGCUAGGGCUACGCUAACCCCCAUUCGGCGCCGCAAACCCAGCUGCAUCAUUCUCCGAUCUCCACCUACAACAUCAACUACACCUCCGACUCCUCUCAACUCACCUUCCUCCUUCCCUAUAAACGCAAUGGAAGGCGCCGAGCACGUUGAAUCGCCGCGCAAGCGGUUAAAGACCGACAAUGCCUCUUCCACCGAGGAAGUCGUGCUGCAAGCUCCCGUCGCGACGUCCGAGACUAAAAUCUCCGAAGCCGACGCCCAGGCAAAGAAGGAGUUGGACGUGGGUAUCACGGAGUUUGUUAGCGCCGAUAAUGAGGGGUUUUCGGGAGUGUUGAAGAAGAGGUAUACCGAUUUCCUGGUCAAUGAGAUCGUUCCCUCCGGCGAAGUGUUGCAUUUGCGAAACGUGGUCUUGGAGACCCCCUCGAACGAGAAGGAGGAUGGCGCCGCGAAGCCGACAGAAGGAUCCGAAGAGAAGAAGGAAGAGCAGAAGGCGAACGCAGAGCCCGCGGAAGAGGCGCCCAAGAAACAGUUCGAGCUGUCAGAGGAAGACAAGACGCUGAUGGACGAAUUGUUCGGUGAACAGUCCACCAAGAAGAUCGUGGCGCUGCAUAACCGCGCCCAGAGCAACGACAAGGCCCGGCCCAGCGAACUCGGCAAAAUCCCGACCCUGGUCGUCAAUGACCGCGACCUGCGCAUCAAGAUGCAUCAGACCAUUCGCCGCAUCUUCCGCUCGCAGAUGGAAUCCUCUACGGACGGCGACGGCAUGAUGACCAUCUCGGUUGCCGCGAACCGGAACAAGCGCAGUGCGAAGGCUGGCCCUGCUGGCCCUAGUCGGGACCGUGGUCGCGUCAACUGGGACGAGCUGGGCGGACCGUAUCUGCAUUUCACCAUUUACAAGGAGAACAAGGACACCAUGGAGGUCAUUUCGUUUAUCUCUCGCCAGCUGCGCAUGAACCCCAAGAGCUUCCAGUUUGCGGGCACUAAGGACCGCCGCGGAGUGACGGUGCAGAGGGCGUGCGCGCACCGCGUGCAAGCUGAGCGCCUGAACAAGCUAAAUGCCUGUCUUCGCAAUGCUACCAUCGGUGAUUUUGAGUAUAAGCAGCAUGGACUCGAGCUCGGCGAUCUCAAUGGAAACGAGUUCGUCGUCACGCUCCGUGAAUGCGAUAUCCCGGGCCUUGACCUCGAGAACCGCGAGACGGCUGUCGCCAGAGCCUCGGAUCUCGUGGGCUCCGCUUUGCGGAAUCUCCGCGAACGAGGCUACUUCAACUACUACGGUCUGCAGCGAUUCGGGACGUUCGCGACGCGCACGGACACCGUCGGAGUGAAAAUGCUGCAAGGCGAUUUCAAGGGCGCCUGCGAUGCCAUCCUGGACUACAGCUCCGAGUCGCUGGCGGCCGCCGAAGCCGGUGAAAACUCCACCAGCCUGAUCAGCGCCGACGACAAGGCCCGCGCCAAGGCCAUCCACAUGUUCCGCACGAGCAGCCAAGGCACCGAAGCCCUGGACAUUCUGCCGCGCAAAUUCUCCGCCGAAUCCAACCUGAUCCGCCAUCUUAGCCGCUCCCGCAACGACUGCCGCGGUGCCCUGCAGACCAUCCCGCGCAACCUGCGACUGAUGUACGUCCACGCCUACCAAUCGCUGGUGUGGAACUUUGCCGCUGGAGAGCGCUGGCGUCUCUAUGGCGACAAAGUCGUCGAGGGCGACCUCGUGCUCAUCCACGAACACACCGACAAGGAGGAUGGCCACACCGCGGCAUCUAACGUUGACGCCGACGGCGAAGUCAUCAUCGCUCCCGGUGCCACCGACAGCUCUUUCGUCGACUACACGCGCGCCCGCGCCCUGACGGCCGACGAAGCUGCCAGCGGCAAGUACUCCGUCUUCGACAUCGUCCUGCCCCUUCCCGGUUUCGACGUCCUGUACCCGGCCAACGCCAUGACCGACUUCUACAAACAGUUCAUGGCCAGCGAGCAAGGCGGCGGUCUCGACCCGUUCGACAUGCGUCGGCAGUGGAAGGACAUCUCUCUCAGCGGAAGCUAUCGUAAACUCCUCAGUCGUAUGGGCCCGGACUACUCGUGCCAGGUGCAUCUGUACGAGCAGGACGACGAGCAGUUCAUUCAGACGGACUUGCAGAAGCUGCAGCAGCAGCAGGCCAAGACGGAGGAGGCGGCUGCCGAGUCUAAGGGUUCUGGAGAUAAGAUCGCCGUGGUUCUGAAGUUCCAGUUGGGUUCGAGCCAGUAUGCGACUAUGGCUUUGAGGGAGUUGAUGAAGGGGAAGGUUCAGACGUAUAAGCCGGACUUUUCGGGUCGUGCUUAGGGUAUUUGUGUGUAUAUAUAAAAAGGGGUAUUGUUUACAUACUUGCAUGGGCAGAGAUAGUUACUCUGUAAUUCAUCCAUUUCUCGAC